CUAGACGCAGCGCUUAUAUAUACUACUCUAAUCCCAACCUCUUCAUCAAGUUAGUUCAGCGAAAAUGGCUGUGCCCUUACUCUCGAAGAAGAUCGUGAAGAAGAGGGUCAAGAAGUUUAAGAGGCCUCAGAGCGGCCGCAAGAUAUCCGUCAAGCCAAGCUGGCGCAGACCAAAGGGUAUAGAUUCUCGUGUUAGGAGAAAGUUCAAAGGAUGUGCUUUGAUGCCAAACAUUGGUUACGGUUCAGACAAAAAGACUCGCCACUAUCUCCCAAAUGGUUUCAAAAAAUUUGUGGUUCACAAUGCGAAAGAAUUAGAAUUGCUCAUGAUGCACAACAGGACAUACUGCGCUGAGAUUGCACAUAAUGUAUCCACAAGAAAGAGAAAGGAAAUUGUCGAGAGAGCUGCCCAACUUGAUGUAGUUGUAACAAACAAAACAGCCAGACUACGCAGCCAGGAGGAUGAAUAAUCUGAUUGACUGUGGAUGUUAGUCAAGUCACCCGCGUUUGUAGUAAUGCUAUUAGGUCUUGAUAAUUUUUAUUUAUUUAGUGGCAAAUUGUAGCAUGAUAUACUAUUUUACUAUGCUAUUGAUUUUUGUAACCUGCUGUCUGAAUGUAGUUGGGGUUUUGGCGAUGGACCAUGUUCCAGAUAAUAGCCUGUUCAAAGAAUAUUCUUUUGUAACUAGUUGUCAUUGGCUUGUCUCAAUGUUCAGGAGUAAUACGGAGAUUACGUUUUUUG